AUGAAAAAACAAAUAGGAUUUAUUUUAAAAUCUAAUAAAUAUUAUGCUAUUUUAAUAAUACCUUUUCAUUAUAUUCAUUUUAAAUAUAAAAAAAUACAAAUAAAAAUAAAGAAAUAUUAUAUAUUAAAUUAUAGACAAGAAUAUAAUAAAGGAGAUAUUAUUUUAUUUAAUUUAAUAAAUAAUAAAAUAUAUGGAUUAUUAUAA